AGCAGUGAGAGAGAGCAUAUGGGUGGGGAAACGUGGGGAGGAAAGCGUGGCAAUAGAAGAAUUCGAAGGAAGAUAAAGCAUGUAUUUAUUUGUUCAGCUCUAUUUCCUCUGAUGAAGCCACGUUGGAUCUGAUUUACAGUAGUUUAAUGCAAGCUUUAUGCAUCUUGCGACAUUACCUCUAUUCAUCGUAGACUGAGGUGCACUCCUUGGACACAGGCGUGUUUUCUCAGAUAACCAAAAUGCACCCACACAACAGCACCAACCUGCUGAACCGCACCUCACCUCCAAAUGACAGCAUCGUGAACAACCCCAUCACCACCUCUAUAGGGGCGCUCAUCCUGAGCCUCGUCUUCAUCUUGGGCUGCCCUGGAAACGCCUUCGUCAUCUGGAGCAUCGUGGCGCGUGCCCGGCAGCACUCCGUCACCACCCUCCUCAUCCUCAACCUGGCUAUUGCUGAUGGCUCUUUGAUGGCUCUCACUCCGUUCUUCAUCAUCUACAUGGUAAUGAAGAAGUGGAUAUUUGGGAACGUGAUGUGUAAGAUCCUCUACUACCUGUGUCUGGCCAACAUGUACGCGUCCAUCCAGCUCAUCAUGCUCAUGAGCCUCUACAGACUGGUGGCGGUGCUGUGGCCCCAGCGCGUUGGCGCCAUCACCAGCCAGAGGAAGGUAAUGCGAGCACUGGCUGUGAUGUGGGCGCUGGUGAUGUUGGCCUCCAUUCCCGCACUCAUCUUCAGAAGCGUGGAGAACGGCGUGUGCGAUUCACACCAUAAGAAGGACAGUGACGUGGUGCUUCAGUACACACUGGAACUCGUGUUGGGGUUCCUCAUUCCCUACGCGGUCAUCUUAGUCAGCUACAUCUGUAUCUUACGCCGGAUCCGUCAGACCAAGUUCCGCCGCCGCAUUCGUAGUGAGAAGCUCAUCCUGGCCAUCGUGUUGACCUUCUGCCUGUUUUGGCUGCCGUACCACAUGGUCAACAUAGUGCAGGUAAUAUGGGCUUCGUCUCCAAAAGGUGAAUUAAAAACCCUGCUGGGCAGAAUAUGGAAUCGUAGCCGUGCUGUGGUCGCCUGCAUAGCCUUCAUCAGCAGCUGCGUCAACCCAGUGCUCUACUUCUUCGCCGGGAAGUCGUACAUCCGCCGGGAAGGGCUGGCGUUCAUGGCUCGUUUGUUCGACAUCGCCGGCGUGGACUCCAGGAAGAGCCGGCAAAACAGCCAGAACAGUCGAGACAAAGACAAGGAUGCGGACGCUGUCACGCUGAAGGACAAAGAUCAGGACUCGCUCACCAACUCCAGCUUUAAUGUAAAACCCAUGAAGAACGGCAACUAGAGGAAUCAGCGGCAGUCUGAUGCUGUUACUCUGGAGGUCAGGGUUGAACCACUCAAGCUUCCACCUCUGAUCACUGAACCAUGACGGAGCUAGCGGAUUCCUGCCAGUCAGUCCAUUAAAGAUAACGCUGACAUGCUAUGGAAAACUGUUCCUUCUCUUUGGAACACAGCUUCCUGUCUGAGUCGGUGUACAGACCGCGCAUGUAAAGAAAUGUGAGCUUUGUUCUUCUCUGAAAUGUUUUACAGGGAAAAACCCAAGAGGGAACAAUGUCAUUAUUAUCCAGGACGCUCCCCCACCCACACAACCAGACCACAAGAAGCAGUGAAGCCUUUUUGUUUGCUUUUAUUAAUGUUUAGCAGAUUUUGCUUUGUUGAAUGUAUGUGUUGCACUCAAUGCUGUUUCUGUGCUACAAGAGUCAUAGUUAUGUCUCAUAUAGGUGCUGUAGUUAUUUUAAUUCACUUUUUAUAUCAAAACAAUAAUGAGAGAAGCUUAUACGCAUGUAUAGGUGAUUUCUUUUCACCGAGUGAAACCCAAGAAAUGUAACAUGUAGUGAAGCAAAAGUUCCUGGUCCAUCAUUCCAGCUGUUAUGCAAUAAGAUGUGCCCUGAACCUCGCAGGCGUGAGACAGAUGAACGCUUUACGUGAACAGACGAGUGAUGAUGUACUUAAAUCUGCCAAAGUGUCUGUUGCAAGAGACGAGAGCGCGUGAUAAUGUAUAGAGCAGGUUACAACAAGAGUCUGACUUCACUGGGACAGCCCCCUAACUCUCUCUUCCUCCUAAACAAUGAUGCCUUUGAUUUCGUAAUAUUUUUCAGGGCUCUCUCUCUCGUACUUCUUCUCAACGUGCGAUUUUAAAAUGUUUUUUUUUUAAAUGAUUAAGUUAGCUUGUUUUUUGUCCAUUAACGUCUGCAUGAAUGCCAGCAACAGGGGGCAGUGAAGGGCAGCGGGUGCAGUACCUCCAUCCUCUGGUGCUGCCGGGUCAUUCAUGCUGAGCAUGAAGUCAUGAUAAAGCAAGUUUUAGCUCAUGAGUGUUGUUGCUCAAUGGUUUUGCCCUUAUCUGAUCGGAAUUAAAUGUGUCAGAGAAGCAGAGGAUACGCUGUAACACAGAGCGCUCAGGUUGUUGUGGUCACUGCGUUUCCCCUCACAUGUCCGUUAUUGCUCAACUCUAUGUCUUGCUUCUUCCUUCAAACUCCACACGAUGUUAAGUAGAUCAGAUUGGUCAUUUUGUUGACGGGAACUCAGCUGUUGGUUUACAGAAGGAGCUCUGCGUUUGAAGGUCAGUAUGAGAGUUGUAAUGGUUCAGCUUGUCUUGAAUGUUAAAGGUUUUCUGUUGUUUGAGAAAUGUAUAAGAGAAGAAACAUAAAUAUCCGCAGUAUGUUUCAGUUUUUACAAAAUAAACGUGUGCAUUUGUUUGUC